AUGUGGGGAAAUUCCCUCAUUCUAACACCCGCAAUAGCCGUUGGAACGGCCUGCAAGAAGCGUCAUGUAUCUCAUGAAUCCGAUGGAUUGAAAACUUAUAUUGAGUAUUGCGGACAAUCCGGUGCAUGUGCAAAUAAUUAUCAAGGUUCAUGGUGUGCUAUUCAAGCUCGUCCAGGAAAACAUUAUUAUGGUCGUGGUUGGUUUCAACUGUCAUGGCCAUGCAAUUAUCAUGCAGCGGGACAAGCAUUGGGUGCCGACUUAUUAGGUAAUCCAGAUCUAGUUGCACAAUCGGACAGAUUAGCUUGUGCAACAGCAUUGUGGUUUUGGAAUGCCAAUGGUAUGGCUGGACCAGCACAACAAGGUAAUUUUGCUGCAACAACAAGAAUUAUCAACGGCGCAUUAGAAUGUGGUCAAUCUUAUCAACAGAAUCGUAUCAAUCAUUAUCAAAAAGUUAGAAGAUGUUUUGGGUUGGGAGAAGAAACAAAUAAUUUAUGGUGUUAA